GUCGUAGCUAGCAGACGAACUUCAAAAUGGCCGACGAUUGCUUGUUCGAGUUUCUGUACAAUGAGAUUGCGAAUUACAUUUAUUCGCAGACUGAUCCAGAUGACAGAGACGCCUCCGUAGCAAAGCUUGAACAUAUAGGCUACUCAACCGGUUACCGGCUUGUAGAGAGGCUUACGAAAGAUAUGCCGAGGUUCAAAACUGAGCUCGACAUCAUUAAAUUCAUCUGCAAGGAACUGUGGUCUGCUGUGUACAAAAAGCAAGUGGACAAUCUCAGGACUAAUCACCAUGGUGUGUACGUCUUGCACGACAACAGGUUUCGCUUCUUAACCCAGCUCUCAACUAGUAAACAGUACAUAAACAUGGCUCCUAAGUAUUUGGCCUUCACGUGCGGUUUAAUCCGAGGCACACUGGCAAACCUCGGAAUCCAGAGCAGCGUCACAGUCGAAGUAACGACAAUGCCUGCAUGCAAAUUCCAGAUCCAGGCAGCGCAAAGCACUUGAGGGCAGCCGCGAUGAAAUGAAAGAACGUGUUCAGUCUCCGUUGAUGCGUAUAAAAGAAGUGUCGAUCACCGA